AUGCGAGCCCGCGAAGAUGACCUCUCUGUGUGGCAGAGUGUGCAACGAUACAAGCUUGUGGGAGUGAUCGCCAUGGCGGCUGCGUUCAGUGCAUCACUGGAUGGAUACCAGAUCAACCUCAACAGUGGCAUUGUUGCCAAUAAGGGAUUCAUUCGAGAGAUGGCCAACCCAGAAACAAAAAUCAUCAAGGGCACUUGGGUCUCUGCCUGGGGUGGGAUUCAAUCCACCGGUCAAACCAUCGGUCAAAUUCUCCUCCAGUAUGUCACCGAAGCAUGGGGUCGCAAGCCAGCACUCUAUAUCAUCUGGAUCACCCUUGUCGCAAGCAUCUUUACCGAAUCAUUUGCCAGCCACGCCUCUCACUGGCUGGUUGCCAAGCUCUUCGCAGGCAUGGGCGUGGGCAUGCUGCAGUCCACCAUGCCUCUGUAUCUGUCUGAGAUUGCUCCAACCCAACUGAGAGGGUUCUUUAUCAACGCAUACAGUUUUUGGUUCGUUCUGGGCCAGCUCUUCGCAUCCGUGGCUCUCGAACGGAUGGAUACCAACCAUCCCUAUAACUUUCGGACCCCUAUCUAUACCCAGUGGUCGAUGCUUGGUCUGACCGGUAUCAUUUUCGCCCUCAUCCCAGAAUCGCCGUGGUGGCUUGCCAGUAAGGGGAAAGUUGAUAAGACGGCCAAGGUCCUGAAUCGGUGCUAUGGUCAUCUCGAAGGCUAUGAUGUCCAGGAACAUAUUGAUGUUAUGACAGCCACCGUCGCCGAGGAACGUCGCCUUGCUGAAGCCAACGCAGAGUUAGGAGAAUGGGCCAUCUUCCGUGGCCGUAAUCUGAUUCGUUUCCUCAUUGCCGGUUGGCCCAAGAUCACCCAGCAGUUUGUUGGCUUGACCAUCUUCAAUACCUAUGCGACCUAUUUCUUCCAGAAUGCAGGCAGCGAUAACCCGCUCCUCGUCACUGUCAUUCUGUCUUGUGUUCAACUCAUUUCCAUGACCUUCACGGCGACGCUCACCGACCAGCUCGGUCGUCGGCCUUUGACCGUCUACCCCUAUGGAGUAACGGUGAUCUCGGUUCUCUGUUUGGGUAUCAUCGGCUGCUUCAACUAUGAGAAGUCGUCAACAAGUUCCCUCCUGAUAUUUUUUGCCUGUCUCGCGACAUUUUCGACUACUGGGGCCUCAGCCAUUGGCUACGCCUAUGCCUCCGAAAUCCCCCAGCAGCGUCUGCGUGCGCGGACUGCAGCCUGGGCUCUGGCUUCGUCGAAUUGCAUCUCUAUCAUGUUCAGUUUCUGCACUCCUCUGAUGAUCAAUGGUCCCACAACCAAGUGGGGAGUUAAGACUGGUUUCUUCUACGCUGCCACCGGUUCAAUUGCCGUUACGAUCUCUUGGUUCAUCCUUCCAGAGAUGACUCGUCGGACUCCAGCCGAGAUUGAUGAGCUGUUUGAGAAAAGGGUCAACCUCCGCAAGUUCAAGAACUAUGUCACGGACGUCCAGCUUCGCGCCGAUGAGCAGCACCAUCAAACGGCACCGGUUAAAUACGCUUGAGGGGAAGCAGUCUAG